AUGACCUCGAUCGAUCGUUUCCUUUCCCUUAUCCGGCUGGCGAUUUGUCGUGUUACAGUGGGCAAGGUGAUGGCCAAAGACGAAGCGGCUGGAGCCGGAGGCGCGGUCGCGGCCGCCGCGGUCGCCGCUGUCGAGAAGCAUUUCGCGAUGCACGGGAUUUACGGGAUACCGCCGAGUGCCGGCGCGAUGCCUCCGUCGCCGCAGACUCAACGACCGAUCAAGCACUCCGGUUCUCGAGAGGAGGCCACGCAGGACGAACAGGAUUACCUGUCCACGCCGCACAGUAAGUACAGGCCAGGCGCGUCGAUCGAAGAUAGUGCUCGAUGGAAAGCGAUGUCGAACUCCGAGAAGCAGCCGUACUACGAGGAGCAGUCGCGGCUGUCGAAGCUGCACAUGGAGAAGCAUCCGGACUACAGGUACAGGCCGCGGCCGAAGCGUACCUGCAUCGUGGACGGGAAGAAGAUGCGCAUCUCCGAAUACAAGUCGCUGAUGCGGCAACGGCGGCAGGAAAUGAGGCAGCUCUGGUGUCGUGACAGCGGGCCAGAGAUGAGCUUCCUGUCGCCGGUGGGCUCGGACCUGAGCACGCAACACCAUCCUGGGACGGGGGCCGGGCCGUCGGCAAGGCCUAGCGUGUCGCCGCCGGCCACCAUGUUGAACGGCGGCGCGGCUGGCCCCAGUUCCGAUCAUCCGUCGUUCUAUUACCCGCAAGACAGUUUGUCGCCCACGGACAUGAUGAACUUCUCGCCGGAAAACUCCGGCUCGAUCGGUGGCUAUGACGCCAGCCCGCGGCACCACGACGAGGAUUGA